UACUCUUCACUGUGGCCUCUGCUGUUUUCAACAUUGGCCUUGGGCUGGGUUUUUCCUUGUCCUACUCCAAAUAAAGUGAACCCCUUCAGGCAGGGGCCCUGACCAGCCAGUCAUCAAGGUUUGCCAUGCCUAGGACAGAACCUCUCCAGCACAGGGUUGAAGCUUCAGGGAAGUGGGAAUAGGAGCCACCAGUCCUCCCUGUCCCCAUGGCCUCCUCCUGGAGUGGAACUGCCUUGCUAAGGAGUGGGAGUGGGGCUCACGGGAGCAGUGGGAGUCACUGGUCCUCACAGGCUGCCCUUCAUGUCUAGGAUGGGACUUCCACUGAACUGGCCGUUUUGCCCAGGAUUUUGUCAGCAACGUCCCUGCUGUAAACCUGCCCGUUUUUCUGCUGUAACGGCCUCUUUCUGCUUCUGUGCCUCGGCUUAUUCCGCACUCGCUAAAAACCUUAAGGAAAACUGCCGCGGCGUCUAAACCUGCUGCGUUGUCUGAAGCUCUGAGUUCCUUCCUGUCCCUUCCUUCACCUGUAAAACUGUGUCCUUCUCAGCCGGGUCCGGACUUCCGGGCGUGAUCAACACUUCCUCCGUCCCCCGAGUGCCGCUUGGGUUUCCUGCCGGGUAAAAUUCUCCGCAAUAUUUGGUUCCCUGACCGGGAAACUCAACCGCGCCGGCCCCUGGAGCCACCGAUUUGGGGUCGGAAAGGACGGACAGCUCACUGUUCCCCACCGGGGACCCAGGCAGCCCCCCCAUACCCCGUCCCCCUAAGCUGCUCCAGGGCCUCCUUCCCCGGAAGGGGAACCACUGCUGCUCCGGCGUUGCUGCUGCCCGGACUCGCGGGGGAGACGGACUGAGCUGAGGGGAGCUCCGGAUGGGACGAAAUUUCACGCCGUUGCCAAGGCUGGAGAGCGGUGGUGCGAUCUCGGCUCACUGCAACCUCCACCUCCCAAGUUCAAGCGAUUCUCCUGCCUCAGCCUCCCGAGUGGGACUACAGAUUGGGGGAGCCAGGACCACUGAGACCUGGAGGCGACCCAAACUUCUGCAAAGUUUCAAGUACUCACAAGACCAGAGACAUGUCAGGGUCGUGGUGACCGCAGAACCACCUCGAGGCCAGGCGGCGAGAGGCUGGAAGUUCCCCGGUUCCGAGGCCUCUGGGAGGAGCCUCUCUCCGGAAUGGUCUCCAAGAUUGAAAAGGAAUCAGUAUCCCGCGCGCUGGAGUCAAGUACUCUGAGGCCUGAGGCUGCUCAGAGGUCGCUUCCAUGUACCGCUUGCCGUAGUCUCAGGCCUGGAGCAGCUUCGCUUUUGCCCUCGGCCUUCUUCGAGUAGGAGGAAGAAUGCCCGGCUCGGGAACUUGAGCUUGAAGCUCUCGGAUCAGAAUCGCCUGGAAUAUUUGGAAAGGACUGUUUUCAGGAACCCCAGCACGUGAGUUGGACCCGGUUGGAGGACGAAUAACAGUAGUUGCUGGAUCUUCAGGACAUUGAAGAGGCAGUGCCCAGAAGUCCCUGUCUAGGGAGAUAUAAACUGAACCAAAGCGUCGACACCAAUCACACUGUUUCUGAAGAACUAGAGUUUUCAGGGUCAGCAAUGGACAACCUCAAAGGGGAUACUGCUCAGGGUCCUACAGAUGAAGAAGCCUAUAAACAUGAAGGCCACUUUUCAAGGCAGACAAAAUGUCCUGCACAGAAGAAAUCCUCUUUGGAGAAUACAGUGGUCAGAAAAGUGUCAGUGACACUCAAAGAAAUUUUCACGGAGGAGGGAGGCCCUGAAUCACGGGAAUUUAGUCUAAGGCCAAACCUUGACACGCAACAGAAAAUUCCAAAUGGCAGCAGAUCCCCAGUAUCUACGAAAAACUCCAAAGAUAAUUCAGACUUAAUUAAAGACCACAGACUUUUCUCACAAAAAAAACCUUGUCAAUGCAAUGAGUGUGAAAAAGCCUUUAGUUACCAAUCCAACCUUCUUAUACACAGUAGAAUUCGUGGUGGAGAAAAGUCUUUUGAAUGCAAUGAAUGUGGGAAAUCUUUCAGCCGAAGUACGCACCUUGUCGAACAUCAAAGAAUUCACACUGGAGAGAAACCUUAUGAAUGCAGUGAUUGUGGAAGAGCUUUUAGCCGGAGCGCACAUCUUAGUCUACAUCAGAGAAUCCAUACUGGAGAAAAACCGUAUGAGUGUCGUGAAUGUGGAAAAGCCUUUAGCCGAAGCACUAACCUUAGUCAGCAUCGGCGAACUCAUACUCGAGAAAGGCCUUACAAAUGUAAGGAAUGUGGGAAAGCCUUCAGUGACCGCUCGACCGUCAUUCAGCAUCAGCGAAUACAUACUGGAGAAAGUCCGUAUGAGUGUAGUCAGUGUGGAAAAGCUUUCAGUUGGAUCUCAUUGCUUAUUGAACAUCAGAGAACACACACUGGGGAGAACCCCUAUGAGUGCAGUGACUGUGGGAAAGUGUUCAGUCGAAGCUCAUCUCUUACUGAACAUCACAGAAUCCACACUGGAGAAAAGCCCCAUGAGUGCAGAGUGUGUGGAAAGGGCUUCAGUCGAAGCUCAUCCCUUACUAUUCAUCAGAGAACUCAUACCGGGGAGAAGCCGUACAAAUGUAAUGACUGUGGAAAAGCCUUCAGUCAGAGUUCAACUCUCAUCAGACAUCAGCACCUACAUACUAAAGAGUAACGUCUGAGCUUUUAUUAAUGUUAACCCCAGAACACACAUACCUAACCUCCCACCAUAGAAAUGUAUGUAUUUCAAGUGUGUAUAUGUACUUGUUCUCAUAUUCUUUUAUUAGAUACCUGUAACCAUUUUAAGCUUUCAUUCCUUCUUUCUGGCGAUCUAUUCUUUUCUCUCCUCUCCUUUUCUCCCUCCCUCUUACUUUUUCUACCUCCCCUUUUUCUUUGUUUUUCUUUUCUCAAAUGAGUUCGCAAUAAAACAAAGAGAUGACUCAAAAAACUUAUCAUAUGCAAUCUAAUGUUCCGAAAGGCUCCAACUUUAGAAUGUGAAGCUGCCUGACGCCUUGUAGUCUCUCCACUGAUCAUUCCAUCAGGCGUGCAUCCCCAACCUGCCAGCUAAUCCUGUUUUCUAACCACAUCGGCCCCUUCACAUGAAGAGAAAAUCCUGCGUGUGUGUCUUCGUACUUGCUGGCUCUAGUAACAGAAGUGAGGGAUCUGGCUUUAGAACAGGACUAAAAACAUCUCACCAGUCUGGGGAAAAUAGUGUGGAGGAAAUUCAUUCUUCUGACUUUUUUCUCACCUUCCUCCUUCACUCACGUUUCUUGCUCUAGCAUUUUCCUCAAAAUAUAACUCAUUUUUUUACUAAUGUGCCUAAUGCCUAACUAAUCCUAGUGUUAUUUUAUCACAUUUUUACCGAAAAUGUUCUAAAAAUCUUGGAGAUAUGUCUUCAUGAUCUUGGGGGAAAGUUGCCAGUAGCAGAGCCUUUUUUAAAAAAAUCCUUUUCUUCUAUUUACAGACUUCAUAAAACUUAUACUCUGUGGCUCUGAGCCUCAUAAAUCUUGGAAGGUUGAUCUCUCAAGGGCAAACCCAGUGCCUGUUUCUCGGUCCUGUUCCUACUCAACAUUUGCAGCACUUUCUGUCACUGUUAUGCCUUAAAGCUUAAGCUUCCUUCAGGAUCCAUGAUUUUGUGCUGAUCUGCCGUUUCCUACCUCCCAGCGCUUCUUUGAUCGCCAAUGAUCAGCUCUGUGCCAUGCGGCAAGGGUUGGGCCAGAAUAAUCUCGUUUUAUCCAGUUAUAAGACUUGAGGUCGUGCAAUUAGAUUAUACACUUCUUGAAGACAGAAAUCUUGGUUUGUUUGUUUUUGUCUUAUUUUUGAAAGAAGUUCUUGCUCUGUUGCCCAGGCUGGAGUGCAAUGGCACGGUCAUAGCUCACUGCAGCCUUGAACUCUCGGGCUCCUGCCACAGCUUCCUGAGUAGCUAGGGCUGCAGGUGUACACCACCACACCCAAAAUGUUAAACAUUUUUUGUGGAGACAGGAUCUCACUAUGUUGGCAAGGCUGGUCUUGAACUCCUAGACUCAAAACAGUUCUCCCAUGUCGGCUUCCCAAAACAUUGACAUUAUAGGUAUGAGCCACCACGCCAGCCAGAAAUCUUGUUUUUGAUUGAGAUAAAACAUCACGAAGUGCUGAGUAGACACUAAAUGCCCUGUAAUUAUUGCUCACUGUUCCGCUUUGUCCUUUUGUAAUCAAACAGCUUGCCUUUAUGUGAUAUAGAUUAGUAAUUGACGUCUCAUACUGCUGCUUCCCAGUCGUGGUACCUUGUGCCUGGAUUACUAAACUGAUCACUGUUGACUCACUACCGUUAUCUAGCUCCUUACUAAACGACCACUUUGUUAAAAGUAGGCUGCAGUUUCCCAGUGACCUCUGGCCAAAAUGUAAACUUCUUUAACUUAAGGUAUUUCAUAGUUCGAUCUACUUAUUUACUUACUUUCUCUUCUCAAAGAUAAUGCAUGCGGGCAGGCCUGUUUCUUGUUCCUACCAUACCCUCUUCUCACACUUGGCUUCUUUUCAAACUAUUCCUUAGCACUUUUCCAUGUUCUGCUUUCUUUGUAUUCCAGAAACCCUAUCCCUUUUUUAAAGGCCACGCUCAUAUCCUGACGGUGACACUUUCAGUUCCCUGCCUUCUCAGAAAUCCUCUGUAGUGAUGGUUUCGAUUAUUGUCCUAUGUUAGACACCUUCCUUACAUUAGCCAUUUUGAAGUUGUCAAUCACCCUACAUCUUUGAUAAGCCCCAUGUAAUACAUAGUGCGAUGCCAGCUGGUGCUCUAGUUUUAAUCUAAACGUCUAGGGUUUAAUUUAGCAGCAUGAUCUUUUUAGUUUUUUGAAUGAUGAGGUAACCUCGUAGGUAUUUUGGCCCAUUUUGUUUUUCCUUGAGUUGUGUGUGUAACUGACUAUUCAGACUGACUCCUUCAGAUCUCCUAGGAUGCUGACCUCUUGGCGUUCUAUUUCAUGAGACUACUGUAAGGAAUGAGUGAGUUUAUCCAUGUAAUGUAAUACGGCAGUGCCUGGCAUACAGUAAAAGCUCAAUAAAUUCUCAUUAGUAUAAUUGUACUGAUUCA